AUGAUCCCGCCGAGCGGCGCCCGCGAGGACGGCGUGCACGGGCUGCCUGGGGAGACCGUGAGCGCCCCGCAGCCGCCCUCUCCUGCAUCCACCGGCAGCCAGGAAUCCAAGCUCCAGAAACUAAAACGAUCACUUUCUUUCAAGACCAAGAGUUUGCGGAGCAAAAGUGCCGACAACUUCUUCCAGCACACCAACAGCGACGCAAAGCUGCAAGCAGACAUGUUGGCCCCUGCCAGCCCCAGCUCCAGCCCGCUGCCCGCAGCAGGAAGCCUGACGUCCUCGCCCACCAGAGCCGGUCUGCACCCAGCCAGUGGCAAGGCCCAUGCCUUUCAAGAGCACAUCUUCAAGAAGCCCACGUUCUGUGACGUCUGCAACCAUAUGAUUGUGGGACCCAAUGCUAAGCACGGACUGCGUUGCAAGGCUUGUAAGAUGAGCAUCCACCACAAGUGCACGGAUGGCUUAGCCCCCCAGCGGUGCAUGGGAAAGCUGCCAAAGGGGUUUCGACGUUACUACAGCUCUCCCUUGCUCAUUCAUGAACAGUUUGGAUGCAUUAAAGAAGUUAUGCCCAUUGCCUGUGGCAACAAGGUGGACCCUGUCUACGAGACGCUCCGCUUCGGGACCUCUCUGGCCCAGAGGACGAAGAAAGGCAGCUCCGGCAGUGGCUCCGACUCACCUCCAAGAACCUCUACUUCAGAUCUCCUGGAGGUUCCUGAAGAAACUGAUGGGCCGGCAGAAGGGUACGACCUACGAAAACGCAGCAACAGUGUGUUUACGUAUCCAGAAAAUGGCACUGACGACUUCAGAGAGCAAGGAAAGGAUCUCAACCAGCAGGAACGUCUUUCCAAAGAUACAUUACAGAUGAACACCUAUGUUGCCUUGUACAAAUUUGUACCACAAGAGAAUGAAGAUUUGGAAAUGAGACCAGGAGACAUGAUCACUCUCCUAGAGGAUUCCAAUGAAGACUGGUGGAAGGGGAAAAUUCAAGACAGGGUUGGCUUCUUUCCAGCCAACUUUGUUCAAAGAGUGCAGCAAGAUGAGAAGGUUUUCAGAUGCGUUAGAGCCUUCACUGGGUGCAAGGAACAGGGACAGAUAACCCUGAAAGAGAAUCAGAUCUGCGUGGCUUCUGAAGGAGAACAUGAGGGCUUCCUCAGAGUCCUCAGUGGAAAGAAGAGCGGCCUGGUCCCCCUCGACGUGCUAGAGAACGUCUGAUGGCCGGCCCUUCUCCUUGUGCAGUGGACAAGCUCUUCCGGCGAUGCUGUCUGUGUCAUCUCACACUGUGUCAACCCCCAGGGGUUGUCGCACUGAGCCGGCCACCCAGGAAACAGUGGGACAAGCCUGGAGGGACGGAGACUGGGGAGUAACAGCAACGAAACAGUGGGUCCUUCAGACAGCACCUCCAGGGUGGGGAGGAGGCUGACAGGAGUCACGAUCCACACUGGCAGUGCAACAGCAGCAGGGGUAUAACCCACCGCCACCUUCCCUGCCUUGCGGAGUCCUCGAAGCCCCUAGAAUGUGCCCUGUAUACAAUGUGGCCCCAACGGGAGGUUCAGAUUCAUGCAACCGAGUGUGAUUUGGUUCUAAACCUUCAUCCCCAGUGCCAGCCAAUCAUUGUCAUUCCAUUUCAGACCCCAAGCCGUCUCUAUGCUGGGCAUUCAGAAGGCCUGCUUUCAAGCCCCCAAAAUUCCAAGGCUCCCCAGAACCCACCCACUUCGUGACUGUGCAGUUCAGAAUGGCGUAAGCCCUCUCUUUCCUGGAAGUCCUGUUGGGAUGCAUUACAGGGGAGGGCUGAGUGGACCUGGCUCCGAGUGGGAAGACCCAAUCUGCCCCAUGAUUGCUGACAGCAGUCCUGCCUGCCUGGCUCUUACUGCCCAAGACAGCAGAGUAGGAGACAAGGCAGUGUGGUGCAACCCAUUCCUCAUGGCUGGGGCGCGUGGGGAAAGGGGAGUAAAGAGCCUGUAUCAACUACAUUGUACAAGGGCCUUUCUUUACGUCGGUGUCAACCAACACAGGCCAUGGAGCCCAUUCCCCAAAAGAAGAGAGCCCAGGUAGAGAAUGUGGCAGAAGUCUCACUGAUGAGCCCUCUGUAUCGGGGCAGCAUUUUCCCCUCCUGCGACCUUAUAGGAUUCCCUGCCAGAGCCCUGCCCAAUUGCAAGCGAUCAGGAAGGACCAGCAGCAGCACUGUAGAUGACAUGUAGCCAAAUUGGACCCCAUUCUUCUUUAGGGCGCUGUAGUAACCCGAGCAGGUAGAGAAUAGAAAAAGGAAAAUCUUUAAUGCUUUCAGGAGAGGGACCUAGGGCCUAUUUAGCAUCAAGUAGGGGAAUCCCUAUUACUCUGUCCUUGUACUAAUGUUUACAAGAAAACAGUAUACGGUGAUGCCUUCCUCCUUGAGCCUCUCCCUAGCAUUCUAACUUGCAACUUAUUAGUCACUAUUAGGGGUCAAAUUCAAAUUUGCAAUGACAUUGGAAUCAAUGUCACUUUGGUUUGUUUUGUUACAGAGCAAUAAAGUCAUGAGUGCGGUCGAGUUUGGUUUUUUUUAAGACCGAAAUGGAUGCAUCUGGUGCAUGUAAGCAUUAUUUUCCUAACCAAAGCAUCAUGAGUCUCCAUGCACUUCUUUUGUUAGUGCUCAGCGUGAAGGUAGGAACUGAGAUGGGAUGGCUGCUGGUUUCAUAGCUGUCUGGAUGCCUUACUCUCAUUUCUCAGCCAGCGAACGGAGUGAUCUCCCACUCUGUGGUGCAAAAUGCAAAGCUGGGUGUACAGAGUCAAGAUGGACCCUGAGAUUCAGGAUGGGUGAUAUGACCGCCUUUCUGUCCAUUGAAAGCCAGAGUUCAAACCCUCUACAUUUCCAGUUAACAAAGACAGAACAUGUGUCCUGAUCUCUCCUCUCGGGCGGGAUAUGGCAUCAUAUCAGUUAUACGUUUCAUCUGCACAAACAAUAUUACAUGUUCAGCAAACCAAAAUUAUCCUUUGUUUACUCCCCACUGGGGAAAUAGAAUUAAAAACAAAACCUACUGCCAACCCAGGAAACCUCUCCACAAAAAUCUAAGACAAAGAAAAGUUUCAUUAUCAAAUAGGUAUUAAAUUCAAAUAUGAUGUU